AUGGCGACAAAGUCCAUGGCUGUUCUGAAGCUUGCCUACCUCAACAUGCUGGGCUACGAUAUGGGAUGGGCCACCUUUGCCGUCGUGGAGGUCAUGAGCACAAACCGUUUUGCAACUAAACGACCAGGGUACCUUGCCUCCAGCAUCGCCUUCACUGAACAGACAGACGUGGGGCUUUUGACCAUCAAUCUCUUCAAGAAGGACUUUGGCUCUCAAAGCGAGUACCAGACUGGGAUGGCAAUCAGCUGCUUGAGCAACAUUUGCUCCCCAGAGAUUUCGAAAGACAUCAUCACCGACCUGCUUUCUUUGUUGAGCUCCUCGCGGGCGUAUAUCAGAAAGAAGACGGUGCUGUGUCUCUACAGGAUAUUCCUGAAGGAUCCUCCAGCCCUACGAACCUGCUUUCCGAAGUUGAAGGAGCGGCUGAGUGAUGAGGAUCAGGGCGUCCUCACGGCGACGGUCAACACCUUCCUAGAGCUGGCGAGGAAGAAUGCGAGGAACUACUUGUCCCUGGUUCCGCAGCUGUACCAUGUGUUGGUCAACACGACCAACAACUGGCUUUCAAUCAAGCUGUUGAAGGUGUUCCAGCUGCUUUCACCCUUGGAGCCUCGCCUUCCAGCCAAAUUGGUGGAGCCGUUGACAAACAUUCUCAACAACACGAAGGCCCAAAGUGUGGAGUUCGAAGCCAUUCGUUGUGUCGUUCGCUCCAUGCCAGAAGGCACGGCGAUUGUUGCUUUGGCGAUCGAGAAACUCCAGGCCUUCCUGAACUCUUCGGACCGCAACUUGAGGUACUUGGCUUUGGACUUGUUCAAAGAAGUUAUCGAAAAGUUCAAGGACAAGGCCCCUGUCAGCGACUUGCACGACAAAGUGCUGACUUCCAUUGAAGAGUCUGAUGUGACUGCUCGGCACAUUGCGCUUCAGCUGUUGGACAGAAUUGUGCAUCCGUCAAACUUCCAGGAGGCAGUGCAGCGUCUCCUGGAAUUCAGCAGGAAAUCCAUGCCAAAUGACGAGUUCAUCGGAACAAUCUUGCGCAUGGGUGCACGAGAUCGCUAUGCCUUGGUCGAGGACUUUGCGUGGUACUUGCUGAUACUUGGUGAGAUCAGCAGGAAUAUGGACUCAUCAUAUUCGGACACUGUGGCAGAGCAAUUUGUCGAUAUUUGUGUUCGAGUGCCUCAAGUACGGCCUUAUGCUGUCACGCUGGCCUUGAGCCUCCUGGAUUCUCCGCAGGCUGGAGACGAAGGCACAGAGAAAGCAUCCGUUGGCCCCGUGUCCAAUGCGAUGAUUGGCGCCUGUGCCUGGACCCUGGGCGAGUACUGUGGUGACCUGGAACAGCCUGCUGAGGCCAGCUUCCUAAGUGGGGCACGAUGUCUCCUUGCCGGCAAAGGCAUCCAGGCUUUGGAUGCCUCGAUUCAGACGCGAUGUGUCUGGGCUGCGACGAAGCUGUACAUCAAUUCUCCGCACCAUGCUCCAGGGGUGGUGCCUCAGCUACAUGAGCUUUUGAAUGCAUCUCUUCCAGCCUUCGUUCGCUCAACUCAUGUAGACGUUUCUGAGAGAUCGUCGCUGGUGCUUCAAAUGGCUAGCUUCUUCAAGGCGGAUGGCGAUCGCAUCACAACAGCGAGCGCUGUGCUGUCUGAUCCAUUGCUUCCUGUGAAGGCUGACGCGCAGGCACAAGUCCAGCCGUCGAUCGACCUCGACGAGCCCUUCUUUGCUCAAGAGGAGGCGCAGCCCUCAUUUCUUCCGGUUCGUGCAGACCCUACGGAUCCGUACUCGUUGGCCUCAACCUACAAGGACGAUCUGGGCUUUCUCGCAGCGCAGGAGCCGAAAUCUGCCGCGGGGCCACAAUCCCAGGCAUCUCAGCCAUCGAUUUUUUACUUGGGUCAGUCCAAGGAGCAAGGACAGCCAGAGGGGACGGAGGCUGAGCCGGCCGAUGCCCAGGUGACGCAGGUGAAAGAUCCUCUGGCUCAAAUGCGAGAACGCCUGGAAGCUCAAAGGACAUCAGCAGCCUCCGCGCCAAAAUACCAGGUGAUGAGAGAAGAAGUCUCAGUCCCAGGUCUGACCAACAGCGUGGGCCAGGUCCCGUCCUCGAGUUCGACGGCCAGCGCGCUGCCCGCUCCUCCGGAGAAGGAGCUCGCAGAUCUUCAUGGCCGGCUAUGGACCUGCCACCGUGGGCGGCAUGUCGCCGUAUAUGCCUGCGUCCGAUCGCCCAACCUAAGGAAGCAGCAGUUGCGCAUAGAUCUUCGCUGUGAGCGAACAGACGUGGAUCCUUCAAUGGUCGUCUCCGACGUGAUGAUGAGCUUCCCAGCUGGGGUUUCCAUCCAAGAGGUGGAGCCGCCUGGGCAGCUGACUUUGGUGCAAGGACCGCUGCAGCAACGGUCUGCCAAGGUGAAAGCUGUCAUAGGCACUACGUCAUUCAGAUCACCAGGAGUCAUACCCUUGCGCUGUGAAAUGGAGUAUACCCUGGCAACUGAAGGUGAUGGAGUAUCCCUUAGCAAGCCGUUUGAGUUGCAGCUGCCGGCCACCAGCUUCCUGGUUCCGCAGCCGAUGACGGAGGAUGAUGUGUCUGAGUACAUGUCGCAGCAUGCUGCAGCACUGCUGAGUCACAAGGCAGUCCAGGCCAUAACCUUCAGCUCCGCAGAGCUGGACUUGUCCACCUUGGUGAGUAGGUGUGCCGGCCUGUGUCAUCUUGCCGGCAUCCAACAAGCUGUUUCUUCGCAAAGCAAGGAUCUCAAGUUUAUCCUUGUGGGAUCCUGCCUGCCUCCGACAGAAGCGCCACCAGAGGGCCAGCCGCCGCCAAAUGCAAAGAUCAUCUGCAUGUGCGCGGCCAUGGUGAGGGACACUGAGUUGGAGCUUCGUGUGACGGUGAAAGCGUACGAGCAGGAGGUCGCUGAAGAGAUCGGUUUGCAUCUUGCAAAUACCUUUCGGGAGCUGGUGGAGGGAAGGUUGAGGAUGUAG